CCCGGGGUCCUAUAUUUAGGGCGCGCAAUCGCCAGGGUUUGCCAUCGUUCUUGCGCUCGUCUCCUCCCCGGAUUGGAGCAAGCGCGGCUCUGCGUCGAUCGAAUCGGCGCGGCAAUGCAAUUCCAAUCCCUGCGUUCCAGGUUUGCGUCGCGAUCGCCUUGAUUCUACUUCCAGGACACCAGGGAUUGGAUCGAAAUUUUGGCAUCGCCUGCGCCGCUGGCCAUUUGGCGAGCGGUCCGUCGCCAUCGCCGUGCAUAAUCGCGAAUUUUUUUCUCUUUUCCUUCGCGACAUAGCGAUCCAAUCCAGCUGCUGGUGGGUGAGUUCAUCGUGGCUGGCAGCCCAUUGCAAUCAACGUCAGCAGGCUUCUUCUAGGGUAUGAUACUGGCGGACAAGUCAGAGAUAAACAGUGGCCUCAUGGUUUCGUCCAAACGGCAGUUCUAGGCUAGGGGCAGGCUGCGUGAUGAGAAUUCCUCCAGAAGAAGGUUGUAAGCGAUGAUCCCACUGAGAGGGCGUCGGGAAUGGUGAUAGGCUGCUCAAUCCGGCUGGUUCUUUCCAGUCUUUUAGUUUGCAGUCUAUGGGGACAAUCAGGAGCUCUCCGGCUCUUGAAAGACAAGGAUGUUCAUCACGAGAAUUCAUCCUGGCUCCAACAGGAUCUCCCUGGAGAAGGAAACGAGCUUUCAAUUGGUCCGUUUCCAAUGCUUAAUGUUUCCGGGUCUUACAAGGGGAUAUGGCGAACACAGAAUCCAGAAAAUGGUAGCGUUCGAUUCCCAGACUUUCAAAACUCGAUGGGAACGUUUGUGGUCGAGCUUUCUAGUUCCACAACGGAAAUACAUGGUGUACACUACGUCCAGGGUCAUAUUCUGUUAUGGGACGGGAUGUACGUGAAAGGAAAUGAUCCUCAGCUACUUCAAAUGCGAAUGGAAGGAGUGUAUGUGUGGCCAUUUCGGCAAUUACGGAUGGUUUUAAGCAGUGCAUCUGAAGCAGACUUUCUGAAAGUGGACGACUCGUUUCCAUCAAAUCCCUACCAUCUGCUCGGCAUUUUCUCGCUGCAGGUUCUACAAGAAUCUCCUAGAUCUCAUCCUCAUACCAGGAAGAGAAAUGGUGCUGUAAUGGAAAUGAGCAAAACAUGCAAAGUGCAUUUGUCAACGCAAAUCGUCAGUGCUAUCGCAGACGACCACCAUGCAUACCAAAUGCGUGGAUCCAUAGAGAGCCCAAUGAUCGAAGACGAGGGCGAAUGCUUUCCGUCGAUAGCGAUCAACGCAACUUCUGUAAAUGUUGAGGCGUACUAUACCAAGGCCGUCAAUUACACGUUGAUGGUCACUUUUAUCUCCUUCUUGCAGGUUCUUUUCUUGAUAAGGCAGAUGGAGCACAGCAGUACGCAAUCGGGUGCUGCAAAAGUAUCUCUUUUAAUGAUCGGUCAACAAGCUAUCAUGGAUGCGUACUUGUGUCUGCUUCAUCUGACUGCAGGGAUCCUUGUAGAGUCACUGUUCAAUGCUUUUGCGACCGCCGCAUUCUUCAAGUUUGUUAUAUUUUCGAUUUUUGAGAUGCGCUAUCUACUAGCUAUCUGGAAAGCGCGGAGGCCGGCCACAUCCGGAGAAGGAUGGGAAGCCAUGAGGCGCGAGCUGUCUGUCUUGUAUUCUCGGUUCUAUGGAUUUCUUCUUGGAGGAAUUCUCAUAAUGUAUGAGCUUCAUUCCAUGCUGAGAUAUAUUUUGGUCGUUUUCUACGCGUUUUGGAUACCUCAAAUCGUUGCAAACGUUGCUCGUGAUUCACGAAAGCCUCUUCAUCCUCACUAUAUUCUUGGGAUCACAUUGACCCGGCUAGCUAUACCUCUCUACGCAUUUGGCUGUCCGAGAAAUUUUAUGCGCAUUGAGGUUGAUGUUGGAUGGUGUAUCGGUAUUUCAUCCUUCUUGCUACUCCAAGCGUUUUUCUUGUUGCUUCAACAUUACUUGGGAUCGCGCUGGUUCAUUCCACGAAAGUUUCUUCCGGAGAAGUACAGCUACUUCCGAAGGAUCGAUCGAACAGCUUUGCAGAUUGGACUUAAUGGUGACAACAUGGUUGUGGACUGUGUUAUUUGUAUGGCUGCUGUAGAUAUUGGACAACGCUCUUCCGAUUGCAUGGUUACGCCUUGCGACCAUGUUUUUCACUCUGGCUGUCUCCAGCGAUGGAUGGACAUCAAAAUGGAAUGUCCAACUUGUCGUCGAUCUUUACCUCCGCUGUAAUAUAAAAUUUCUUUCGCUCUGGUAUGUGCUUGACUUUCGUGAGGUAAGGAGUGCUGUAGUUGGUGAGACGAUAGAUAGAUAGAUAGAUAGAUAGAUGGAAUUUAUUUUCUCGAUCUCUAUCUAUCUAUCUCGCUUCCUUUUUUUUUCCCUUUUUGUCUCAGGCGAGAAACGCAUUUGAAAGGACUGACACGGGCACACGAACAGGCAACAGGCAAUUAAGUGAAAUAUUUGUAGCGGGCAGACAAGCUUACCUCAUCAAAACGAGUGUUUUCACUCAGCCGGGUCUCUCGAAUCGAAUCGUCCUCUCCGAGUACAAGGCAAGCAUUUCAAAAGCUAUGGUUUUAGCUCCAAUCCAGUGCCUUUUCAACGCCAAAUGUUCUUAAAGUAAGAUGGCAGUGGUCUCUUUGCGAUUGCGAAUGGAUCCCCUCCGUCCUGGCUCGACCAAUCAUUCGCUUAAAAGAAAAAAUCGUAAAGAAAGAAGCAACUUUCA